AAAAAAUGAAAAUAAUAUUAUUAUUUUUAAUAUUAUUAAUUAAUCAAAGCAUUUGUAUGAAUGAAAUAGUUGUGGAUGAAACUGUUAAUUUUAGGAUCCAAUGGGAAAUAGAAAACAACGAUUCAAUUUUAUUUAUAUUGUCAGCAAAUAUUAAAACAUGGCUCGGAAUCGGAUGGAGUAAUAGUAAUGGUAUGAACGAUGCAGAUUAUAUCAUAGGUGCUUUCAAUAAUGAUGGUAGUUUAAAUAUUACCGAUAGAGUUUUACCAGAUGGAGCCAAAUAUCAAUCGCCAUUUAUAGACAGCAAGGUCGGAGGUUCCAAUGAUAUACUCACAUCAUAUGGAUACCAAACACCAAACUAUACCUAUGUUAAGUUUACAAGAAAAUUAGUAACCGAUGAUAUUAUCGGUGAUAGAGAUUUAACUAUUAACAACCCAACCUAUCUAAUUUGGGCAAGAGGUGUUCCAGUCCAAUCUAACCUAAGAUAUCACCACGAAAAUCGUGGUGAGUUGACUUUAACACUAGGAAAAGUAAAUGGUGGUACUAUCGGAACCAGCAAGAAAGAUUACAUCUCAUGGCAUAUCGGCUUAAUGCUUGCUGCAUUUUUAGUACUAAUGCCAUUCGGUAUAUUAGUUGCACGAUAUUUCAAACAAUAUCAUUAUUGGUUCCCAAUCCACUAUAUAUUAUUAGGCACUGCUUUCUGUUUUGUUGCUGUUGGCUUCGUUAUUGCAUUUAUGAUGAGCCAAAGAAAAUUCUCAAAAGGUGUGCUCCAUGCUUGGUUCGGUCUUUUCACCGUUAUAUUUAUGGUAUUUUCCGUUACACUAGGUAUCGUUAGUCAUUACAUGUGGGAUGAAACAAGAAAAAAAGUACCUAUUUUCCCCGAUAUCGUUCAUCAUUGGAUAUCAAGAUUAACUUUUUUAUUAGGAUUGGUUUCAAUAUGGACUGGUUUCCACACAUAUGGUGCAUCAAAAGUAUAUUCUAUAAUUUUAGGUUUUGUAGUAACUCUAUUUGUGUCCUUGGUUGUAUUUUUAGAAAUUUACAAAAAGAAAUAUCCAAAAGAAUCAUUAUUAGGAAACAACAAAUUCAAAUUAAAGAAUGUAAUUAAUGAAGGAAUUGAAACUGAAGGUGCGAAUAAUUAAUUCUAUAUCUUAUAAUAUUUUAUAAAAAAAAACUUAAUAAAAUUUAUUUAAUCAAUUAUUUUUUGUAAAU